CAUCAGACUGCGCUCGGCAGCUCCGUUCGGCCAUCCGCGCAGGGGGUUAUGGGUAUGCCGGCUGCCCCUCUCUGAUCCUCCCACCACUAGGAGGCGCUAAUAUGCAGAAUUUUUUUCUACCGAUGGCGUGAGAAACUGUGAACAAGGGGAGCUCCCGCGUUCAGUGGCUCACACACACAGACCACACCGGGCUGCUGCAGUCUACCCAAAAUACACUAAUCCGUCUUAACCAUGUCUGCGGGCAACGCCAGGAUCGGACAGCCGGCCCCUCAGUUUAAAGCCACGGCGGUAGUUGACGGCGAAUUUAAAGAGAUCAAGCUCUCCGACUACAGAGGGAAGUAUGUGGUGCUGUUCUUCUAUCCGCUGGACUUCACCUUCGUCUGCCCCACUGAGAUCAUAGCCUUCAGUGAUCGGGUGGAGGAGUUCCGUCAGAUCGGCUGUGAGGUUAUUGCUGCCUCCACUGACUCGCACUUCAGCCACCUGGCCUGGAUCAACACAGCCAGGAAGCAGGGGGGGCUGGGCCCAAUGCAGAUCCCACUGCUGGCAGAUCUGACCCAGUCCAUCUCCCGCGACUACGGAGUGCUGAAGGAGGAUGAGGGGAUCGCAUACAGGGGCCUGUUUGUGAUUGACGACAAGGGCCUGCUGAGACAGAUCACCAUCAACGACCUGCCGGUGGGCCGCUCUGUGGACGAGACCCUCCGCCUGGUCCAGGCCUUCCAGCACACAGACAAGUUUGGGGAAGUGUGCCCCGCCGGUUGGAAACCGGGCAGCGACACCAUCGUCCCAGAUGUCCAGAAGAGCAAGGAGUUCUUCUCCAAGCAGAACUGAAGGCCGUCCCUCUCCAUACUCCUGUCCUGACAUUAACUUACCGUUAACUUAAGCACUUACCGUUCCUCAGUGACUCGCCGAACCACUGUCUGGUUCUGACCUCCCCCACCAUCAGAGCACUUGUCCCAGGCACUUCCUUCCUUUAGCAGAACUCUGCCCCCUGUCUGAAUAAACCGGCAGUGUUUGAAUUCUCAAAGGCACUGAGAGUUAUAGUAUGAGUCAUUUUGUUCCCUUCUAGAAGUUUCUAAGUACAAAAAAGAAUAUUUUUGAGCCUGUCAAGCUUUGAAUCAGUCUG